UCAAUUCAAUGUUGCUUACAUGUACAUAGGACAGGUAAGCACUACUGUACCUUACCUAGGUAUGUCACAGUUGAGGCUCGGAAUAUACCUACCCUACCUAAGGUAUGUAGGUAACAAUCUGGACACAGUCACAGCCUCGGGUUGUCCCUGGUAGGUAUAAUAUUGUGAUACUCCACUUUAGGUACCUACCUAUAACCGUCUCUCACCAAACAACGACGCUCAGUUCACCCACGAUCAUCUUCUGCAUACAAGAAAUUCAAACAAUAUGCACAAUGUCUUUUUCGGAGAAUACAGAAAAGCCAAAGGACCCCGCUCUUCGUCAACUAGUCGACUUCUACGAUCCCCUCAUUCAAGGUGCCGAUAACAAGGGUCGCAAGCUAGCUGAGAUCCUCGACUGGGACGACAGAAGGCUAGAACGGACACACAACUUCAUCCAAGUUCUAUUUCCGCUUCCCGAUUACUCUCGCUUCAAUGGCGAUGCCCCAAUCCUGGACAAAGAAACAUGCAUUUACUUUCGACAGCACCCAGGACUACAGGACAGCUUGAAGCAAUCUCUCAAACGCAUGUUGUCCUUCUAUGGCUUUACAAUUGAGUGGGAACCCAACGGAGAGGUACGAAUGCAGGUUAGCCAGUUACUGCAAGGGCGUAACAAAGGAUUAUCCCGUUGGCUAAAACCGCUGAAUCACAACCACCUCCGCAUCACACGCAUCAUCAGGAGUCUCCGGGUCCUAGGCUUGGCAGAGGAAGCAGAAGUGGUGUACCAGAAUCUCGCUAAGGUGUGCAAAGUCAAUGAAAAGAAGGUGGAAGUGGUUGGUUUUAAGUACUGGACAGGAGCUGCUAAAAAUCCGUUGCAUUACGCGCCAAAUGGUAUGCAGAUCGAGUGGCUGGAAGAGUUGGACCAAGAUUCAAGUUGAAGGAUGGAUGUUAGCCUCCAGGGCUGUCACACUGUAUUAGAUUGGCUUCUAGGCCUUACAUCCAUUAUGAAUUCCAGAUGUCCCCCACUAAAGUUAGUUGACUCCUCAAGUGCUUA